AUUAAGUCAUUUGUGGUAUUUUGUCCUUUGCUUUCUUUGACAAUGUCGGCUUCGUUGCUUAUCUCGCGGCGACUGAGCUCCACUCGGCCGGACGGCAUCACUGUCGCCGGUCGUGCACAUGGCACAUCGACUGCGCCCCGCAGUUUUGCUCAAAUUGGCCUAGCAAAAGCCCAUAUUGGUGUUGCAAUAGCUCCCAGGCCUCGGGUGUUCCAAUUGUAUUCAGUCAGUGAGGUUCUCGAGUCCGCAACGGUAUCUGCCCCCGAGAAAACCGUUGAUGGAAAGAAGAGCGGAACAGUCACGAUUAAGGUUGGGAAAGGUGGCAACGUUAAUUCUAUUGCCGGGAAAAUUGCCUUCAGUGCGCGCGAGGGUAAACUGUCGACUGUGAGAUGCGUCGGGCCGCAAUGCAUCAACCUGGCGGCGAAGGCAAUCGCCAUAAGCCGCAGCUACCUGUCCUCCGACGGCAUCGACAUCUCAUGUAAACCGUCGUAUGAGGACCUGGGACGAUCAACGGAUGAUAAGCCCCUAAUGGGAGUGUCCUUUCAGCUGACAAACGAGCAGGGUCGGGCCCCGGCACCCGCGGCUUCAGAGGACGUUGUGGAAAUGUACAUCCGGGGCGACAGCAAGCCGCAGGUGGUUGCCGGUGCUCUCGCCGCCCGCAUCCGGGAGAACCGCCCCGCCGUGCACCUUACUGCCAUCGGCAUCAACGCCGUCCGGGCGGCGGUGCUCACGCUGAGCAAGGCCCGGCAGUACCUGCGGAAGGACCGCAAGGACAUCCGCGUCCUUCCGGAGUUCAUCAAGGUUCAGAAGGAAGACCGGGAAGUGAGCGCCCUCCGCUUCACUGUGCUGGCGGAGAACGUGGCGCCCGCCCCGGAAGUUAGGGAAGGAGGGGAGAGGAAUUGAAUAAAACGGAUAUGGGGGGAGGGCGAAAGAAAGGGUAGUGCUAUUAGGGUCCAGUAGACGGCCUUCGAUUGGCUCAAGGCCAGCUGGGGUCUAGGGGCAUCACCACCCCCAGGCAAUCUCGCCAUCACCAUCACGAUCACCACUGCGCAAUGAAAUGACUACGAAGCGGGGAGUGUGGUGGUUGGCGGCGCCUUGUUACUGUUUCUCUUUUGCGGCUUUGCCGAGAGAGAAAAAAUAGCAAAGGAGCCCUGAUUCCCGUUUUUUCCUUUAUAUUUCUUUCUCCCCCUUUUUCUCCUAUUUUUCCUUUUCCCCUUUGGGGGAGAAAGUGUGGCACUUAGUUGGGGAAGACUCGGGUUUUUGGAGUUUGGUUGGGGGAUGGCCCCGAUGUUUAUUUUUGGGUGUGUUGUGUCUUACAGGACGUGUUUGUUUUUUGAGACAUGACACACUAUUGCCGUGUCACACCAGGUUGAGGCUAACGUGUCCUAUAAAUAGGAAUCCCCCCCCGGCGCACAGCUAAACAAGGUCUCCUCGUCCCCGUCCUAGGCUUGGGUGUGUGGGAAGAGGUUUUCCCGCCCGGGUGAGAGAGGGGAAAGACAGGGGGAAAGCUGUGUACGUCGUGAAGUGUCGUACGAAUUGUAAGAGGUGAGAAUGUGAGGCGCGUGAGACGUACCUGCGGCUGGUGAUGACAUUGAAGGUGGCGUGAUGGUGAUGGUGUGAGGCAUGCGUGGGUGCCGAAUAGCUAUGUGAGGUGGUGUGAGGUGGUGGAUGAGAACGGUAUCGCUUGGGGCGGCGCACCAAGGAACCUAGCUUGGGGCGGGGAACACAAAAUGAUGUUUUCCGUUUUGGGCCCUCUUGUAACCCCUUGCUUGCUGUC